CAGUGUAGAAGUUUGGUGUACACCAAAAUUCAGUGUAAAACCAUCUUUUUUGCAGGGUACCCGCCUCAACUCCUUCAGUCCGUUUGAACACUGGACAAAACACCAAACGACUGCCCUGGGACUCCUUCAACCGCGCCUGACGACUGUCGCGACCUUUGUUCAUACUUCAGUUGCGCCACCAGAGCAGGUUGAAGCAUUGGUGUUCGAACGUCCACAGCUCCGCGACCACAGUCGUCCGUGAACAUAGCAACGUUAACAGCCGCCCCUUAAGUAUAGAACUUGUGAUUAUUGGGCUUGAGCUUUCGGAAAAUGAGGGAACUGGUGACAAUCCAAGUAGGAGGCUAUGCAAACUUCAUUGGUUCUCACUUCUGGAACUUCCAGGAUGAAUUGCAAGGAUUGGCCAAUAGCUCUGAGAGUAAUGAAGUGUUUACGAGUCAUUCUCUUAAUCCAGAUGUACUCUAUAGGAGUAGUGAAACACAGCAGGGCCUCCUUACCUACACACCACGAUUGGUUUCAGUUGAUUUUCAAGGUUCUCUGGGAUCUAUGAGUUCGCGUGGAACUUUGUUUAAUAAAGAGCUUUCUCAAAGUUCAGAUGUUGUAGCAUGGGAUGGUAAAGUUACAACUGAGGCUAGUGAACCUUUGAAAAAGAACCUCUUCUUGCAAAGCUUGUACACGGAAGAAAAGAAUACGGAAAUGGAAAAUUGUCAUGAUGGCAAGGAGAGUGGCUCCCUCAAUGAAAUUCAGGACACAGACAUUGUUGAAUGUUUAGAAAAUGGUGUCCAGUACUGGACUGACUUCUCAAAAAGUCAUUAUCAUCACCAGAGUUUGUAUGAAGUAAGUGGGUUAUGGAUGGAUGCUCAAGAAUUUGAUAAUUAUGGCAUUGGGAGGGAUAUAUUCCACACUCAUCAACGCGGUGAAGAAAUAAAUGAAAGGCUUCGUUUCUUCAUUGAAGAGUGUGAUCAUAUUCAGGGUAUACAAUUCAUAGUUGAUGACUCUGGAGGUUUUUCUGGAGUAGCUGCAGAUUUCAUGGAAAGCAUUGCGGAUGACUAUAGUAACCUCCCUGUGUUACUCUAUACAGCACGAAGUCCUCAAUCAUUUAUCAACAUGAAAAGCCAUAAGCUAAACAUCUCGCGAAAUCUUCAUGAUGCAAUUUCAUUUUCAAGACUAUCAUCCUUGUGUAAAUUGAUUGUCCCGAUUGGCUUGCCGUCAUUGAGUAGAAGUAAAGCAUCCAGGCUUCUCUGCAUUAAAGAUGAGCAGCCUUACCACACCAGUGCAGUUUAUGCAUCUGCUUUGCACUCUAUGUGUCUUCCAUUUAGAAUCGAACAGCCAGGGCCCACAUCAGAGUCGUCGGUUUAUGCUUGUGGUGGGUUAGACAUGUACGAAGCCAUACACAUGUUAGCAGAUCAAGCUAGGCAGAAUAUGGUUUCUACAUUAGAUGUUGCCAUGCCUGCUCCUUCGUUAACUGGGAAUACGUUUGAGUGGUCUUUGCUUGAGAAUUUCCUGCCCUUGACCCCAGAGGUAGCAGAAGACGUUGAAGACCUUCAUGUCAUGGAAUGCAUGACCAUUCACGGAGUCCUAAGAUCUGAAUGCCGGAGGAUACCACCAGCUUCUGAGGUUAAGAAUGCAGUUCAGGAAGCAUAUGAAAAAACAGCAGUGUCGAGACCAAGAUUCAUGCACCUAUCAGCAAGCUGUUGCCCUCUACCCAUACCAUUGUCUUUUCCCGCUAUCUUUGGAAAUGCCAUCGGCCAAAAUGGCGAGUUAUUAAAAGCGCCUGAUACGGCUUCCGCGCCAAGGGGGUCGCUUUCUGUUCAUUCCAUUCCCUUGGCAGCAAGACUGCGUUCUACCACCGCCAUUUUACCCUUUUUAGAAAGGAGACUGGAAAACCUGCGGAAGCUAGGUAUCCGGCAAGGAGGGGUAGGGGCCCCAGUUCUUGAGAGUUGGGGUUUUGGGAGAGAUGAAGUAGAAGACUUGGGUGAGAAACUGUCACAGAUGGUUAAUACACUUAAUCCUUAUUCGGACGCAUCCUCUGAUUCUGAUUAAUUGCUCUUGUAUUCUAAUCAAUUGUGUAAAAGAACUAGAGGAUUUUUCUGGAGAAACUAUAGGGAUUUGUUUAUUGCCAAAAUUUGACUGAUUGUAUAUUUGUAUUAUAACUUUAUAAGUGUAGUUUUUUAUAGCGAGACCUGGCAUAAUAGCUAGAUCCGGUCUUGUCCCUAACCGGAACAGCGGGGUUAAAGUGGUUUGUAUACGUGUGUAUUUAGAAUUUUAGAUUUGCAACAAAAAAAAAUUGAUAAGGACACAUAGUUUCGUGAAAAUUGAGUGGAGAGGUAGAAGACUUUUUGUGACGCUGAUUUUUUUGUUCCUCACCCGUGCUGAUAUAAAAUAGCACCAGAAAAUUGUCCUCUUGCCAUGUCUUGCAACUCUUUGUAGUCCUUUUGUAUAUUCAAAUCCAAUUUUUCAAUUGAAAGUAUUUGUUGAAUA